AAGUUAGAAAGGAUUAUGGUUGUGACAAUAGAUAUUCAACAUGUAUAUAAAUAUCCUCUGGAGCUUGUUGCACACACGCAUUUCACUAAAUAUCCCACAGAGAAAGAAAAAUUUGUCAAAAGAAUAGAUGUCAUUGAAGAGAAAACAGAUUCUGAUGGCAUUAACUACAGAAAAAGUAUUGCAAUCUGUGAAAAUGUUAUACCAAAAUUACUCCGCAAGAUAGGAGUUUUAAAUGAGAAGGCUAUACUUCUAGAGGAGGAAUCAUGGUUCAAUGUCAGAAGAAAACAGUUACAUUUGAAAAGCCGUAAUCUGACAUGGUGUAAAUAUGCAAACCUUUGGGAGAAAUCAGUAUUUCGGAGUCAUGAUGAAAAUCCAGCAUGGACAAUAUUUGAGCAACAUGGAAGUAUAGAUGUUCAUGGAAUAGGGCCUUUCGGAAGAGUAAUAGAAAUGUUUGCUGAAAGUUUUCUUCACUCAGGGGUUAAAAGGAGUAUAUCCAUCAUGGAAGAUUCUUUAGAUGAGAGAUAUAAGGAAUUCCUUAUACAACAGAGUUGACAAGUUCAGGACUAUAUAUGAAAUUAGUUAGCAAUAAAAACUUUGCCAAUAACUGCCAUGUAACAAAAGUUCAUUGUUAUUUUUAUAUUUAAACAUGUUUAAAGGUGAUUUUUCUUGAUCUCUUGAAGGGGAACAGCAAAGUCUUUGUCUUAUUUAUAUUUCAAAGGGAUAUAUCCGAAAGGUUUCAAUGUUUGUUCAUGCACCAGUCAUUGAUAGCCUCAGACAUUGAUAGCCUCUUCUUAUCUACCUCAUCUAC